GUUCGGCUUAUCAUAAACUUGCUGCAAAUUGCUCACAAAACAUCAGCUGCAGACAACGAGCAAGCUUACAACGUUUCGGUGAAAUUCUUCUUUGACAACUUUCCUGCCGCGAGCUGCGAAAACUUUUCAACCAUGGACGACGCUACACGUCGUCUGCGGGUGGUGUCGGGCCACUUCAACGUGGAGAAGCCCGCUGCGCAGCAAAUGCGAGCGCCGUUUGACGUCGCCGAGCUGCAGCGCAUCAUAGACCACGACAACCACGAGCAUCGCCAGGCCAUGAAGGAUUUCAUGCGAAACGACGACGUCUACGUUCCGCAAUACGACAUCAGCCUGGCGGAGGAGCGCGAGCUGGCGCUGCAGCGGCUGCGGCGCAUCUGCCGCGCCGGCUUCAUUUCGGUGACGGACUUCCGAGAGAACCCCUUCCGCAUCUUCGCCGCGCACGAGGUGGCGGCCAUGUGCGACCCCAGCAUGGCCACCAAGAUGACGGUGCAGUUCAACCUGUUUGGCGGCACGGUCCUGAAGCUGGGCAGCGAGCGGCACCACGGCCCCUUCCUGCGCCAGAUCGACAUGUUUGACAGCGUGGGCUGCUUCGCGCUCACGGAGCUGGGCUUCGGCAACAACGCGGUGGAGAUGCAGACCACGGCGGUGUACGACGCGGGCACGCAGACCUUCGUGAUCAACACGCCCGGCAGCCUGGCCCAGAAGUACUGGAUCACCAACAGCGCCGUGCACGCGCAGUGGGCGGUGGUGUUUGCGCAGCUGUGGGUGGGCGGGCGCAAUGAGGGCAUCCACGGCUUCCUGGUGCGCAUCCGCAACGACGACAUGAGCGUGUGCGCCAACGUGCGUGUGGAGGACAUGGGGCACAAGAUGGGCUGCAACGGCGUGGACAACGGCAAGCUGUGGUUUGACAACGUGCGUGUGCCUCGCGAGGCGCUGCUGGACGCCUCCUCCUCCGUGUCGCCCGACGGCGCCUUCGCCAGCUCCGUGGCCAAGCCGCGCGACCGCUUCCUGCGUGUGGCCGACCAGCUGCUGAGCGGGCGGCUGUGCAUCGCGAGCAUGAUGCAGAGCGGCUCCAAGCUGGCACUAACCGUGGCGUUCAGGUACGCCGCCUCGCGGCUGUGUGUGGGCCCCGCCGGCCGCUCCGACACGCCCAUCCUGGACUACCAGCUGCAGCAGCGCGCGCUGGUGCCGCUGCUGGCGCGCACCGUGGCGCUGGCGGUGGGCCUGAACUACGUCAAGGAGCGCUGGGCCGCGGCCUCGGGCUUCGUGCCGGGCCAGAACGUGGACCCCGUGACUGCCACGGAGGUGGUGGUGCUGUGCUGCGCCAUAAAGCCGCUGUGCGCCUGGAACAUCGAGCGCUGCGGCACCGUGUGCAGGGAGCGCUGCGGCGGGCAGGGAUACCUGUCCUGCAACAGGUUCGGACACAUCAUCGGCUUCGCGCACGCCGGCAUGACCGCCGAGGGCGACAACCGCGUGCUGAUGCAGAAGGUGGCCAAGGAGCUCAUGGGCCUGGCCGCCAAGCUGCCCUCGCUGAGGGAGCGGCUGGCGGCGGCGGCGGCGCCCGCGCUGGGGCCGGCGCAGGUGGCGGCGCUGGCGGCGGGGCCGCAGGGCAAGGCGGCUCUGGCGGCGCUGUCGGACCUGUCCGGGCUGCAGCGGCUGCUGGCGGUGCGGGAGGGGCGGCUGCUGCGGCGGCUGGCGGCGGCCAUGGCGGCGGCCAACGCGGCUGCCGGGGGAGCCGUCAGCGCCCAGGAGGCCACGUUCGAGGCGUGGAUGAAGCACGAGAGCGACCUGGUGCAGGGCACGGCCAACGCCUACGCCGAGCGCGAGGUGAUGGACGCGCUGAUGCGGCUGCUGGCGGCGCCGGCGGGAGGCGGCGGCGGUGGCGGCGCGCCCUCUGCCGGCGUGGCGGGCGUGCUGCGUGCUGUGGCGCGGCUGUUCGCGCUGUGCUGCGUGGAGGCGGACCUGCCCUGGUUCAUCGCGGAGGGCGAGCUGCCGGCCAAGGCGGGCCGCUCGGUGCCGGAGGCGGUGCGCGAGGCUGUGGCGGAGCUGUCGCCCGCCACCUGCUCGGGUCUGGUGGACUCGUUCGGCAUCCCGGACCACCUGGUGGCGGCGCCCAUCGCCGGAGACUGGGCGCGCUACAACCAGGUCGACAACAAGGGCGAGCUGUUCGGCGUCAACGUCUGAGAGUGACGUGCAGUGCACUGGCGGGAGGUGCCAGCGGGGGGUGCCAGCGGGGCGGGGGGUGCGUCAUGCGCGCACCGCUGUACGUACACGUCAGCGCCCCGGCGGCACGUUUGGCCUCUGGACCUGGCGGAACGAGAACUGGCAUGAGAAGAGGGCGCGAGGUCUGGCGCCGUGAGAAUGGUUUGUUGGUGGAUGAUUGCGAGGAUGGGCGGGCGGUGAUGGGAAGGUACCUGGCAGAUUAUUGCCAAGGCCACGGAGUCUGGAGACUGAGGUGCUUCACUGUGUUUGCCAUUGCGUAGAUAGACUAGAGCAAAUGCGAAGCUGCCAGGUUGGCACGCGCUGCCAAUGGCACGCACUUUGCUGGCUGGCUGUCCCGGCGCCCUCGUGGCAUUUUGGGGGGGCCUUACAGACAUCGUCGGCGCUUGUGUUACGGACCAGUAUUCGUGUCGGAUGGAUCUACUUCUUUCGCUGGUGUGAUGCUGAGCGUGCGUCGUGCAAAGCCCGGGUUCUGUGUAUGUUCGUGUUCGGAAGCGGAAGCUGCAGUGGCGAUGGCGGUGGAUGGUAAGCUCUUCAAACAGCGCUGAUGCUAGCUAGCUGGCCAGGUUGUGAUUUUAGGUCACGAUGUUAGUUCGUGGAGCCAAACAACAAUCACUGGCAUAUGCACAUCACGCGGAGCCGCCAUGACACACAGCCGCGCGCACACGGCGAGAUUCUUUUUGUUGUUGUCACGUGUGUGAGGUUGCAGGGGCGAGGCAGCCAAGGCGUGUGGCACAGCAGUUGAUGAGGAAUGAAGGGAGCUGCACCGCUGCCUUGUGGACGCAACCCGUAUGCCCAGUGUGGUGUGCCCCUGGGCCUGGAUCUCUGGACGGACGUUUAAAGCAAGCCCCA